AUGGGCGAGAGGCGGAGGCGCGCGGCCGCCGGCGCCGGCACUGCCCGGGCAGAGGAUGACAAGCCCGCGGCGCCGGCGCCCACGGUCUGGUUCGCGCUCAAGAAGUCGCUGCAAUGCCGCUCCCAGCCGUCGGAAGUCCACGUGCCCAAGCCCAAGUCCAGCACCAACACCGGCCACGGCCACCUGUCCUCCAUCGCCACCAAGCGCGCGGCGCCGCGGUCGGGGUGCUCGCGCUCGAUAGCCAACCUGCGGGACGUCAUCCACGGCAGCAAGCGCCACCCGGGCCAGCCGCCCAGCAGCUGCAGCCCGCGCUCCAUCGGCAGCAGCGAGUUCCUCAACCCCAUCGCGCACGAGGUCGUCCUCAGCACCAACUCACGCUGCGAGCUCAAGAUCACCGGCUUCGGCGGCCUCGCCGCGCCCGCGCACGACUCCGACGCCGGCGUCGUCUCGUCGUCGUUCGUGGGCACGCUCCGGCCUGGCACGCCGGGCCCCGGGUGGGCGCACGGCGGCGGGCUGCAGUACAGCGGCUCCUGCCGCGGCGGCAGCAUGCGGUGCACGCCGCCCAGGUCGCCCAACCCGCUGCUCGACAGGGACCGCGAGGCCGCCUCGGCCACGGCCCACCGGGCGUCCUGCGAGGCCGCCGACCCCGCCGUCAAGAAGGGCUCCGCCGCCGCCGGACUCAGCUGCCACAGGUGCAGCGACCACUUCGCCAAAUGGGAGGCGCUCGAGGCGCACCACUUAUCCAAACAUGCAGUGACUGAGCUGGUGGAGGGUGACUCGUCACGGAAGAUCGUGGAGAUCAUCUGCCGGACGAGCCUGCUCAAGUCGGAGAGCAGCUGCGUGCGGAUCGAGCGCGUGUUCAAGGUGCACAACACGCAGCGCACGCUGUCCCGCUUCGAGGAGUACCGCGAGUCGGUGAAGCUCAAGGCGGGGAAGCUGCCCAAGAAGCACCCGCGCUGCCUCGCCGACGGCAACGAGCUGCUGCGCUUCCACGGCGCCACGCUCGCCUGCGCGCUCGGCUCCGGCGGCGGCAGCAGCCUCUGCGCCUCCGACAGGUGCGCCGUCUGCCGCAUCAUCCGCCACGGCUUCUCCUCCUCCAAGGACAAGGAAGGCAGGGCCGGGGCGGGCGUCGGCGUCUUCACCACGUCCACCAGCGGCCGCGCGUUCGAGUCCGUCCUCCUCGACGCGACGGCCGGCGCCGACGACGCCAAGGACGUGCCCACGGCCGGCACCGGCGCGCGAAAGGCGCUGCUGGUGUGCAGGGUGAUCGCCGGCAGGGUGCACAAGCCGCUGGACAACCUCAAGGAGUUCGUGGGGCAGACGGGGUUCGACUCGCUGGCCGGCAAGGUCGGGCCCUACGCCAACAUCGAGGAACUCUACCUGCUGAACCCGAGGGCGCUGCUCCCGUGCUUCGUCGUCAUCUGCAAGCCUUGAUCAUGAGAGAGGCUCGAUGAGAGUCUGUUCCCGCCCAUGCUAAUCGAGUAAUUAACCAUUCUUUUUCGGUGUGCGUCUUUCUCGGCUGCCACUCUGUUAACGUUUGCACGAGCUAUAUAACACGUACUGUAGCUGCUCGCAGCUGCUAGCACCGGUCCGAUGCGUUUGUCCAUACCUUCAC